CCAUUUCUCUCCCCAUCCCUCCAGAGAAUCCAUUUGUAAUAUCCAGAAGAUAAAAACCAAAAUUCCCUGAGUUUCUGUCGAUCGUCGGAAGAAGAUGAGAGAAUGCAUCUCGAUUCACAUCGGCCAGGCCGGAAUCCAAGUCGGAAACUCCUGCUGGGAGCUUUACUGCCUCGAGCACGGCCUCAAGCCUGAUGGCCAUAUGCCCGGCGACCACACCGUCGGCGGAGGCGAUGACGCGUUCAACACGUUCUUCAGUGAAACCGGCGCCGGAAAGCACGUUCCUCGCGCCGUUUUUGUAGAUCUGGAGCCUACCGUCAUCGACGAGGUCAGAACCGGAACGUAUCGCCAGCUGUUCCAUCCGGAGCAACUCAUCAGCGGAAAAGAAGACGCCGCCAAUAAUUUCGCCAGAGGACACUACACGAUUGGGAAGGAGAUUGUGGAUAUCUGUCUGGACAGGAUAAGAAAGCUUGCAGAUAACUGCACCGGUCUGCAAGGGUUUCUGGUGUUCCACGCCGUGGGCGGUGGGACUGGAUCUGGCCUCGGUUCUCUCCUCCUGGAGAGGCUUUCUGUUGAUUAUGGAAAGAAAUCGAAACUAGGGUUUACCAUUUACCCCUCUCCUCAGGUCUCUACUGCCGUGGUUGAGCCAUACAACUCUGUUCUGUCCACUCACUCCCUCCUCGAACACACAGAUGUGGCCGUCCUGCUUGAUAACGAAGCAAUCUAUGAUAUCUGCCGUAAAUCCCUGGACAUUGAGAGGCCAACCUACACGAAUCUCAACAGGCUAAUCUCCCAGGUGAUUUCUUCCCUCACGGCGUCUCUCCGUUUCGAUGGAGCUCUGAAUGUGGACGUGAAUGAGUUCCAGACGAAUCUAGUCCCAUACCCAAGAAUUCACUUCAUGCUUUCGUCAUACGCGCCCGUUAUCUCUGCAGAAAAGGCCUACCAUGAGCAACUCUCUGUGGCAGAGAUCACAAACACGGCCUUUGAGCCAUCUUCCAUGAUGGUGAAGUGUGAUCCCCGCCAUGGCAAGUACAUGGCCUGCUGCUUGAUGUACAGAGGAGACGUCGUCCCCAAGGACGUGAACGCCGCGGUUGCCACCAUCAAGACGAAGAGGACAAUCCAGUUCGUCGACUGGUGCCCCACCGGCUUCAAGUGCGGGAUCAACUACCAGCCGCCCACGGUGGUUCCUGGCGGUGAUCUGGCCAAAGUUCAGAGGGCCGUUUGCAUGAUUUCAAACUCAACCAGCGUCGCGGAGGUGUUCUCAAGGAUUGACACAAAGUUUGAUCUGAUGUACUGCAAGCGGGCGUUUGUUCAUUGGUAUGUGGGUGAGGGGAUGGAGGAAGGAGAGUUCUCCGAAGCCAGAGAGGACUUGGCUGCACUUGAGAAGGAUUAUGAGGAAGUUGGGGCAGAAACUGGGGAUGGAGAAGAUGAAGAUGAGGGUGAUGAGUAUUGAAUAUUGAUUGAGCAAUCUUUCCCAAAUGGAUCAGUAGCUGUUUUUCAUAAUCUCAUGUGUUUAGAGACUUGUAGCCAAUGAUCUUAAUUGGUUGGUCUUUUUUAAUGCUUCUUCUUCUACCUUUGAAAUUUGUGGAGGUUAACUGACGAUUGGUCUUGGAUCAUGUAGUGCAAGGUCACUUUUUCAUAUUACUCCCUAUUUUUGCUAUUAGGAUUGGGAGAUGAGAGGAAAAAAACAUGUUACUCAUCU